UGAAGUUUGAAGGGGCCAGGACGGACAAGGUCUCUCGUGAACUGCCAUCAACCGCAUUUUUGUUUUGUUUUGUGUUCUGCUAUUACUCAGAGUCGUACCGGAGACCAAGGUUAUAGAGUCCACGGCUCGGAGGACUGGACUUCAUCACACCUUCAUAAAGCCGACAUUCGUAUAGAGCAACGAUGUCUGGCAGCGGGGCUCGAGAAACGGUGUUCCCCACCCGUCAAUCCCUAGGGUUGAUGAAAAGCAAACUAAAGGGUGCUCAACAAGGCCACGACUUGCUGAAGCGGAAGAGUGAGGCCCUCACCAAGCGGUUUCGAGAGAUCACACGCCGCAUCGAUGAAGCGAAACGGAAAAUGGGUCGAGUGAUGCAAAUCGCCGCCUUCUCCUUGGCCGAAGUCACCUACGCCGUCGGUGGUGAUAUCGGCUACCAAAUCCAAGAAUCGGCCAAAUCCGCUCGGUUCAGAGUACGGACGAAGCAGGAGAAUGUUUCGGGGGUUCUGCUUCCAGCAUUCGAAAGCUAUACCACCGAAGGGAACAACGAUUUCCAACUCACAGGUCUCGGUAAAGGCGGUCAACAGGUCCAACGAUGCCGCGAGACGUACGCGCGGGCAGUGGAGACGCUCGUCGAGCUCGCCAGUCUCCAAACAGCGUUCGUCAUUUUGGACGAGGUCAUCAAGGUGGUCAAUCGGAGAGUCAACGCAAUCGAACAUGUCAUCAUCCCGAGAACUGAGAACACCAUCAAAUACAUCAACUCCGAGCUGGAUGAACUCGACCGAGAGGAGUUUUAUCGCCUGAAGAAGGUGUCGGGGAAGAAAGGGCGCGAUGCGGCAGCUGCGGAGAAGGAAAGGGAAGCAAACUCCAAAAAGAUCGCGGAGAGUGAAGAGGGAACGACGGAUUUGCUCGGUGAUCAAGAGAACGAAGAUGUCAUAUUCUAACCUGCUUUUCGUUCGGUUCCCUGGCAAUGGAUGCUUAAAUCCACCAUGUUCGGCGUUUGAAGGAGUCCGUUUUUGCCUUGAAGGACGCCUGUACGUAGUGUUGUAUUGGACUGCCACCCAUGCAAAUACCGGAAUGAGAUAAUUCCACCAAC